AUGUCCUGUCCCGCUCGUCUGUACCCUUUGCGCAAACCUCAAAAUCACCGUGUGCCUAUCCCUAGAUGGAAACUCAGUCUGCCAGAUCAUAUCGAACAUGUCUUUAUAUCCUAUGUUGGUGUCGAGCAACACGAAGAUAGUGAUAUAGCUACUCGAGCGAGAGAAGAAGCUGUCUCUACUAUUCAACACUGGUUCGAACAGAGUGGCGCGCCAGAGGCGGUGGAGUGUUUCACCACGAUAGAUAAUUACAGUCGUACUGGUGCUACUGUAUGGGUCUACUAUUGGAGUGAUCGAAGGCGGCUUGACCGUGUCGUUGGAUCGUUGAACCUCAAGGAUAUACAUCAAGGAGUCUCCACCGCCGGUCGCCCACUAAUCGGCUUGUGGCACGAAUUCUUCAUAGCAUCAGUAUCGCGCCUGGAGACCAACUACUCUGGUCUCGAUUAUCUCCCCGGCCUAGCGAGGUUACCAGAAGCUAGCACCGAAGAACACAAUCUCUCAACGUACUGGGGUGCGGCUCGAGAUCGCAUACCCGAUUCAGCCCACGACCUUUUCCCGCGAGCUGCCGACUUGCCGCGUCCUGACCCAAUCCCAAAUGGUGUUGGCCAACACCUCAGGGGCACCAACCAUGCGAACAUGGUCCACAUCCGUUCCGGACAGUACUGGGAGAAUUGCGGUAAAGAGGAAGCAGAUUCGUAUGAGCAGAAGCUGGAGCCGACUCUGAAGCAAGGCCUUAGAUACUUGCACGAGAAUUCAGCGGAGACUGGGGCACUCAGUAUCCAAUAUCUCCAGAAUGAGGACCUAACUUCCAAUGACAGCGGCAGUAACAAGGAGCCGCGUAAAGAAUCGUGUGGCGCGGGUUUCUUCGCCAAUUUAGAAGACCUCGAGCACUGGGCUAAGAGCCAUGCGUCGCAUCUAAAGAUCUACGGCGGCGCACUUGCACAUUAUAAAGCAUUCGGUGAUGAGAGAAGGUUUCGUACAUGGCAUGAGGUGUGUGUGAUCAAUGAGGGGGACGCUAUGUUUGAAUAUGUGAAUUGCUUGCCUGAUACAGGAGUUAUCGCAUCCGUACCUCUUACAAGUGUAAAAAUAUAG